AAUCUUCGUGGUGGUGAUUCUGACGACUCUUAUUUCCGAACGCUGCCUCAGGUGUACGUUAUUCCUUAUCAAGGUUCAUCAUCUUCAACGUCAGAUGGUAUUGUAAAGGUGUUUAAAAAAGCGGAAGAUUAUCAGAAAACCAACUCAAAGGACUUUCCGCUAAUUACAGUUGUGCUGCUCGAUGAAG